AGUCUUCUCAAACAUCUAGAAUGUUCGCUGCCCGUCUGCGCUUUUAUUUUAGCCGUCGUUUGAAUCGAAUCCAAUAUCCCUUACUCUGUAUGACAUAAGUUUAAGAUUAAGACGCUGUGACGCCUAAAACCAGCUCGUACUCUCGUGAUCGAUUGUUUACAUGUGACUUAGAUCUGCGAUCGUCCAACGUCCUGAUCACAACGAAUUUCGAUCAAGUCCGGACCGUUUAUGACGUAUUUGGCUAUUUAGCUGUCCGAUUAAUUCCGUCCACCCGUGAUUUGUUGCAAUGGUGGACUCGGUGCCUGCUAUGUUUGGAUUGUUGGUCAGCGGCAGAUUGGUACGGACCGAUUUUGAACGUUUAGAAGAAACAAAAUUUAUGAUAACUAUCAACUCGGCCGAAUCCGUGAAUUAUAUUUGUGUGUUUUUGACUGGACUUGUGCCAUUUCCUGAGGGAACAGCUGGUUCAGUGUACUUCAGUUGGCCUGAUGAAAAUGCAAGACCAAAUUGGCAACUUUUAGGCAUUUUGUCCAAUAACAAGCCAUCCGCCAUAUUUAAGCUUUCAAAUCUUAAACAGCAUCUUGAUAUAACAAACCAACCAAUAAACGCAUUCAGUCAAUUCCCAUCAAUUUCUAUAAAUGCUCAAAUUGGUAUAUCUAUUGAACCUUUGAUAAAUGCUGAAUUGCAAACAACCUGCAUAGAAUCAACACAAAAUGUAUCAACGUUUGUUGAGUUCACACAAAAAAUGGUUCAAAAUUUAUACAAUUACGUAUCAAGUUAUGCAGUUGAUGGCGGUCCACAGCAAACAUCUAUGGUACCACUUUUAUUAAUUCAGAAAUGGUACGAAAACUUUGAGAGGAAGUUAAAUUUAAAUCCAAAUUUUUGGAAAUCCUAGUAUCUAACUUUUAAUAAAAACCUAAAUUUUCUUGAUACUUGGGACUUAUUUUAUACUAAAAUUAUAAAUUGGCAUUAUAUAACACAUUAUAUAAUUAUUUUAUAAGUAAUAUACAGAGACUGUCUAUAUUAUUAUUAAUGAUAGUCUUAGAUUUUAAGCUAUGUGCCUUAUAUUAAUGAUAAGACUUAUGUAAAAUAAUCUAAGAAAUAUAUAAUGUGUAUGCUUUUAAAUACUUAGAUAUUUUUAUGAAGGAUUCAUUUUGUGUUUUGCUUCACCUCAAGUUUUUAUAUUUUAAUUGUUGUACUUUUAAAGAACCAAGACCUUUUUUCUAUAAAAAAAAAAAUUGUUCAUUACUAAAAAUAAAAUUUAAAUUGUCAUUUUAUGUAACUUGCUAUUAUUUAUAAAAUAUAUUCAUUAUUUGUCAUCAA